AUGCGCCGCAAAGAGUGCCUUCUGGCAUACUACGAUAACGACAGUUUUCGAGCUACGUAUGCCCAACGAAGAUUUCUGAGCAGUGCCACUAGUUUUUUACAAGCCCUGGUUUAUCGCAUUAUUCCGGAAACACCUGAGGUGGAAACCUAUCUUCGUGAGCAUGUGUCGCGGGUGAUUAGUAUCGGUGUUGGUCCAGGACCAGACAUGGUCGCGUUUGUUGCCUAUGCACGUUUACACGGAUUCCAACAGCGCUUGGUCUACUAUGCAAUGGAUCAGUGUGCUGGUUGGGGCAUGUAUCUGGCCGCUUUUGAUCGCCAUUGGUCGUCCGAGCAUCGAGUCUCGGUUUGGUUCAAACAGCACCGAUUUGGCAAACGUGAAGACGUCGACACACUGCCUGACGCAGACAUGCUGGUUUUCAGUUUCGCCAAUACCGCACUCAUGGCCAGCACAAUAUGGCCCUUGUUACAAGCUCGAUAUCGCUUGAUUGUGGUUCUGGAUGGGAUCAAAGAAGUCGUGGUAGACAGUUUUCUCGAUGCCGGGUUCAGAGAUUUUACUCUGACAGAAAAGACCAGCGUGUAUUAUCAUUUUGGUGGUGUACCCAAAAAGGCAAAUGAUCCGGAAACUGCGACAGAAAAUGUGCUGUCAGAAGGCAACGGUUGUCCCUCAGAGGACGUUAACGGACCAAGUUCCUAG